AUGACAUUGAAAGUUGAAAAUUUACCACCUUGCGAUGAAGAACAACUUCGAUCUGUAUUUGAACCAUUUGGUAUAAUUACUUCAGUUGUAAAAAAGGGAUCUAGUGCCAUUAUUAAAUUCGAUGAAGAAGAAGAUUGUUUAGCAGCAAUUCAAAAUAUUAAUGGGUAUGAAUAUUUUGGUAAAAUUUUAUCGGCACACAAGAUAAACAAUUAG